GUUCAAUAUAAGCUAUCCCGUCCCUCACCAUACUCGUCUUGUGGUUCGUUUGUUGAACAGGACAAGAAAAAUGCCUUCACCGAUGGCGUUGAAUCCGCCAUCACGUUCUCCAUCCAUCUUCAAAAAGAAAAAAUCAUUUAGCCAAUUGUCGUCAAUGGCGACCGCAGCGUCCUACCUUUCUGCUGUUCACCAAGCAGAUACGCGCGCUCGCAGCCACGACAAUUAUUCUGUUUCAUCAACCCCUGCACUUUCACUAUCAUCUUCUGUCACAGUUUCAUCAGAGGACACCGUUCUCAACGAGGACGGUGAGAACAAUUGUCUCGCGUACCCCUUAACACCCCCAACCUCUGAACAGGUCUUCACCACCGUUCACACGGAGUUUGGUCACUGUGCAAACGAGGCAUAUCGUUGCGUCUCCAAGCAUGACUAUACCAAACCUGUGCAAGAGCACACCAUCGAGGAGCCUCCAUAUUAUAUCCUCCUCACCACCUACAUUAGUUACCUUAUUCUCCUCUGUUUUGGUCAUAUGCGCGACUUUUUCGGAAAGCGUUUUACCAAGUCUUAUUUCACCCACCUUAUGCCCCAUGAUGGUUACGCGCCAUUGAACUCGGAUUUUGAUUCGUUCUACACCCGUCGGCUUAAGCGUCGCAUGGAUGACUGCUUUUCCCAGCCUGUCACCGGUGUUGCAGGACGCACUAUUGUUAUCCUCGACCGAUAUUCCACGGAUAACAAUCACACUCAGAUCUUCACUGGUAGCAAGACCCGUGCGCUGAAUAUUUCUUCGCCUCGUGGCGGCUGUGCAGACGCGGUCGAGGAAAGCAUUCGUCGAUAUGGCGUCUCCACUUGUGGCACGCGUCUUGAGAGCGGGAGCACCCUUGUUGCGCGUUUUGUCGGCAUGGAAGAUGCAUUAAUCAGCUCUAUGGGAUUCGCCACCAACUCUACUUUUAUACCCGCACUCGUGGGAAAGGGAUCCCUUGUCAUUUCCGAUGAAUUCAACCAUGCUAGUAUCCGCGUUGGUGUACGCCAUAGUAAUGCUCAGGUCCGGAUGUUUAAACACAAUGAUAUGUCAAGCCUCGAGUCCCUACUGCGCGAGGUGAUUAGCCAGGGUCAACCCAAGACGCAUCGCCCGUGGAAGAAGAUUUUAGUCAUCGUCGAAGGUCUGUACUCCAUGGAGGGUACUCUCGUGAACCUGCCUAGAAUUGUCGAACUGAAGCAGAAGUACAAGUUCCUCCUCUUUGUCGAUGAGGCACAUUCAAUCGGUGCGCUGGGUCCCCAUGGACGCGGUGUCACAGAUUACUUCAACAUCCCUCCUCGUUCUAUUGACGUCUUGAUGGGUACUUUCACCAAGUCCUUUGGUGCUGCUGGCGGAUACAUCGCAGGGCCUAAAAUCCUUAUUGAUACUCUCCGGUUACGUGGUCACUCCGGAGCGUAUGCAGAAGCUAUGACGCCCCCCGUCCUCACCCAGGUCGUCUCGUCGAUGGUUAGCAUUAUGGGUGUCGCUCCGUCAUCACAGUCGACCAAGUCCGCACUCGCGCUCAGCCCUGCUAGUUCCAUCGUCACGCUGAGGGACAAUACAGAGGAGCUCCCAGGAAUGGCACCUCCAAGCAUGCUGCCGACAUGGAUGACCCUUCACCCGGCUCUUGCAGACGGUUCUGAAGCUCGUAUGCGUAUCCGCCGUCUUGCCUUCAACUCGCGGUAUCUCCACCAGGGCCUCAAGAAACUCGGUUUUAUCACCUACGGACAUCCCUUUAGCCCGAUUGUUCCCCUUCUCAUCUUUAAUCCGGGCAAGAUGAGCAUGUUCUCUCGCAUGAUGCGUUCGCGGAGCACGCCGAUUGUUGUCGUUGUCGUCGCGUACCCUGCCACUCCGCUUGUUACCAGUAGGGUACGGUUCUGUGUUAGCGCAGCGCACACAAAGGAGGACAUCGAUAUGGUGGGCGGCAUCCUGGACCUGAAGCAUGGAGCAGGCGAGCGGUGGGGGAUCGACGAGGUCUGCAAGCGCGCAGUGGAGCUUGUACACUCUGUGUGAAUGCCUGCAUGACUGUCUCCCUUGCUGUCUCCCUCUUCAUGUAGUUAUUGACGGCGACUCGACUUCGUACCACGACAAUGCAAUACAAGGUGAUCUCUGUACAGGUUAGAUGAUGAAAGCUAGGAGAAAAACAACAUACAUACGUUAACAAGGAUUUUGGAUUUUUUUUCUAGUACAUACACUACCACACGACGGCGAUGUCCAUACUUGCGCUUAGGCUGCUCCUGUUCAAAACAUUUUAUCCACUUUUUUCUUGCAGAUAAAUUAUUGGUCUCACAUUGAUGAUGUCUAGGAUAUAUCAAGAGGAAUGAGAAGGGAGCUUUGCGCGAUGCUGGCGAUGUCGAUGUAAUAAAUAGACGGUCGACGAGCGUGGGUGAACUGAUUGCUCGAUAUUCA